GGGGGGGGUGACCGUGAUACUGCCUCAUCCGUGUAACUGGAGACUAGGGGCUCAGCCAGCUCCAUGCACACAGCGUGCGAAGCCAAAGAGCUGAGCGCUGAGCCAUCGGGGCGAAAGAGCGAGAGAAACCGGGGGGAUAUAGAAGGACGGGAGGAAACGGAGGCAGUUCAACGCAGGGCAGCGAGGGAGCGAGAGGGAGAGAGAGAGGGAGAAAAGGAAAGAAAGAAGCGAUGCCCAGUAUACAGUUCGCAUCGUCGCAGAACGUGACCAUGCUCCUAACACAAUAAAGCCAUCGGGAUAGGACUGGGGAUAAAUAAAUACCCAGAAAGCUGGAAACUCAGUCGACAGCCGUGGUACGGUCAAAAUGAAGAAGAGCAAUUCGGCCAAACGGGGCCCGCAAGAUGUCAACCAGGCGUCGUGUCAGCCAGACAAGACGGGCUGGAUCCGCAAAUUCUGUGGCAAAGGCAUUUUCAGGGAGAUAUGGAAAAACCGCUACGUGGUGCUGAAAGGCGACCAACUCUUCAUCUCCGAGAAGGAGGUGAAGGAUGAGAAGAAAAUUCAGGAGGUGAUCGACCUGACGGACUACGAGCGCUCGGAGGAGCUGCGCAAGACCAAGAGCCGGAGCAAGAAGAACCACAGCAAGUUCACUUUGCUACGUUCCAGGCAGCCUGGGAACACAGUGCCAAAUCUCGUGUUCCUGGCUGUCAGCCCUGAAGAAAAGGAGUCUUGGAUCAAUGCUUUAAACGGCGCCAUCACGAGAGCUAAAAACCGUAUCCUGGAUGAGGUCACCGUAGAGGAGGAGAGCCUCCUCGCCCACCCCACACGCGACCGCGCCAAGAUCCCACACACGCGGCGCCUGCCCACGCGCGGACACCUCAUGGCCGUGGCGUCCACCUCGACGUCGGAUGGCAUGCUGACGCUGGACCUCGUCCAGGAGGAGGACACGGCCUCGCCUGCGGCAGAGGGGCAGGACAGCUGUGAAGGAAGCUUCCGGGUCGAUCUGGACAAGUCCAUGGCCCUGCUCGCCAAGCGGUCCAACAGCGAUGGCUGCCCUGCGACGCCGGUGGCCUCCGAGGCCAGGGGAAAGUCGGACAGCCUUCCCCGGCAGGAGGGGGCAGCUCACACCCCCGAGAAGGCCCGCCGCGCCUCAUUGGACGAGAUCCUCAUCUGCCAGGCUGGGGCGCGGCCUGCCUCUCCCACCACCUCCACCUCAGAGCUACAGGACCUCAUAGCCCAGAAGCUGGAGAGGACUCGGGAGAUGCUGGCGGAGGUGCGGGUCGCGGGGCCCGAGGGCACUGACUCGGACUCGGGGGCCGACCGGGCGGAGGUGGAGCGCCUCCUUCAGGAGGCCGCCUCAGCCUGGGGCCAGGCCCGGCGUGUCCUGGAGGAGGUCAGGGGACUGCAGGAACUGUACCGGCAGCUGGAGCAGAGCCCCGCCGCCCCCCUGAGCCCUUUGCACACCCCGGGGCCCAAGAGCCCCCUGCUGGUCGACUACAGGAAGAGCAUGAUGUAAUCUGUGAACAACAAACCGAAUAAGACGCGACAUUCUGAGUGCAGCGGAGAGGAAGACAAAGAGGAGCGUGGCAGGCGUUGGGGGGGGGGGGACAGUAGGCUGCUCGGGUCUUUUUUUACUUUUCACCGUGGCAGAAUUUGUACGUAGCUACAGGGUGGACACCUCUGACCACAGGUCACCCGGCUGUUCCGUCGAGCCCCCCCAUGAUUUUCUGGGUGAUACAUGGGUAGGAAAGAUGGACCAUCAAGCCAAGCCGCUGCUUCUCACACUCGGGGGUCUUUAUACCCUCUGUAUCGGCGCAAUCUCUUCUGCAUCGCUGUAUCCCGCAGUGCCGCUUCUUUUCUAUUCCAGGGAUCCCCUCCCACCAUCACGCCCCCCCCCCAAUAACCCAGCAGGGUGAUGAGCACUAUUUGUCUGCAUUGCCUCCCCCAGCGGUGGAUAGGAGUACCCAGACAGAAGGAAGCCUUCGGCCUAGUCGCUCAU